AUGGACUUCGUAAAUCUGCUGAGACUGCUGAUUAAGUGUGUGAAGGAUUUUGUAUAUCGCAACUUUUACGUAGAUGAUGGUCUGUUGUCGUGUCAAAAUUUCGAGACAGCUGUUGAUUUAGUUAAGAGUACACAAAGUGCAUUGUCAAGUGGUGGUGAUCUUAGGUUACACAAAAUAGCCUCAAAUAGCAAACAUUUGUUAAGCCAGUUUCCCGUUGAUGAUCUGGCUAAAAAUCUCAAAGAUCUGAAAUUUGAAAAUGACUGCUUACCUUUGCAAAGAAGCCUAGGUAUGGCUUGGGAUAUAAACAAUGACUGUUUUACCUUUGAAGUAACUCAUGACAUCAAGCCAUUUAGCAAGCGUGGUGUAUUAUCAACGAUCAACUCACUGUUUGAUCCGAUUGGCUUCACAGCCCCUGUUUCAGUUCGUGGUAAACUUCUCUUACGUGAUAUGAUGACUUCAAUAGGACACACUGAAUGGGAUGACCCAUUACCUGAUAAUUACCUACAUCCAUGGAAGCAGUGGAUUAAUACGUUACCUGAUCUUGAACAAUGCUGUAUUCCGCGUAUGUAUAGUGACAUCUCAUAUGCAGAAGCUUCGAACAGAGAAGUUCAUAUCUUUUGUGAUGCUUCCAAAGAGGCAAUAGGUGCAGUGGCUUAUUUGAGAUUAAUUGACUCACAUCAUGUAACAGUUAGUUUUUUAUUGGGAAAAGCUAAGGUUGCGCCUUCGCAUGGGAAUACUAUUCCACGAUUAGAACUGUUCGCUUCUGUUCUUGCCGCAGAAUUAUCAGAUCUUGUCAAAGAGCAUCUAGGUAUAGAUCAAAGUGAAAUGUACUUUUACUCAGACAGCAAAAUAGUGUUAGGUUACUUGACAAAUGAGUCAAAGAGGUUUCAUUUAGAUAACGGUCCACAUCAGUUGGUGGAUGCUGAUAGUGACAAGGAGAUUCGCCCAGAGGUGCAAGUAGCUAAAGAACAAACUGUAGAUCAAAAUAAUGUACAUAGAUUAGGGACACAUAGAUUCUCAAAGUUUUCAGAAUUUUCCUUAUUGAAACAACGUGUUAGAAAUCGAGCACAUCAUAAUGAUAAACCUGAACAUUUAGAAGCAUACAAACAACCAGAUGCUUUGAAACAAGCUCAACAAUUCAUAAUUCGUGAGGUUCAAAUGGAAAAUUAUAGAGACGUAAUAGACAGUAUCAAACAUGGAACAUCGUUACAUAACAACAGUUCUCUCUCGCAACUAUCGCCCAUACUUGAUGUUGAUGAUACCUUAAGAGUUGGUGGUCGCUUACGAAACUACAAAGAUUGUUCAGAUCUAUCAAAACAUCCUAUUAUCUUACCAAAACACCACCAUAUAUCAUUACUUAUUGUUCGACACUUCCAUGAAAAAGUGGCUCAUCAAGGCAGAAGCCUCACAGAUGGUGCUAUCCGUACAGCUGGUUUUUGGAUUUAG